AUGAUGCAAGCGAGGCCCAUGGAAGGCGCCUACUCCGAGACCCUGCACGAAGACGCGCAAUCGCUGGAGGCUUCAAUAGAGGACUUCGAGGAGCAAGAGCGCCGCUCCCCUCUAUUUCCGGGCUUCAGGCCAGAACGAGCGGAAAGUGAAGCUGACGAUACAUCGAGCGCUGGGUUGCCGUGGUCGCCGCCGGGCUUCAAGAGUCGCAACUCGAAUGCGAGCAACUGGUUUCGGCAAGAUCCAUACGGGAAAUUUGACCUGCGACCUUCGGUCAGUCCUUCCCGGUCACGGCAGACGAGUCCAGAGGCAUAUCAAGAUGCGGUCGAGGGCGAUCCAGACAUCACAAUUGCGGUUAAUACACCUUUGCCUGCUGGCACGGAUUCGCCGGUGAGGGAGCGCUCGCCAGAGGUGGAGCCACAGUAUGGCGCAAAGACCUCAGACUUCAGUCGGGAAGAACCCAUAUCUGCAGAGAGUCCGAACAAUUAUAUUCGCCUACAGCUUCGCGCCGAAGUACAACACAGGGAGCCUUUUGUCCCGUUUCUCAAUUUCGUGCAACGGAAAUUCGACGUGAUAACCAAGACGAAGUCUGCCACAUUUAUGUCCGUUCUCACAACGAUACUACUCGCUUCGCUUCUACGCAUCAUUCUCGUUCCACCGAUACCACCCCCGGUGCCAGACCUGGUCAAGGUUUCGACCUUGGCGAAGUCGUUCGAACCUCUAAUCUUCUAUUCGGAGAACGGAUAUACGCAAAUCACAGCGCUGCAGGAGACGAGUGUGGCGGUAUGGGAUCUUGGAGAGUCGGUCCGAAGCGCCAACAUGACUUCGGCGCCAUUGAUUGUUCGUUCGCUGGAUGAACUAUCCGAGAGCUUGAAGAAUCUUGGUCUUGAGCUAACGCGCUUCUUUGCCGACGUUGACUCAGAUGUGGACAGCAUCCUACUUGUCAUGGACUGGGCGAAACGGGAGCUGGAGGGGGUCACGACAGGACAAGGAAUAUCACUCAGCGGAGUCGUCUUUGAUCACCUGCACGGCGUCUUCAACCGAGGCGGCCUCCUUGAGACGUCAAAGGGGCCGACAAGUCUGGGAGCGUUCCUGACCAAAGUAUUUGGAGCAAGUUCGCCGCAGAGGACAAGAGCAACAUUGACGAGGACGUUCCAUGAAUUCGUCAACGUGCUCGAAGAGUCGAUCAACAGCGAGUUGACUCACUCGGCGGCGUUGUUCGCUUUGUUCGAGUCGAUCGAUCGACAGUUUCUGAACCUGCAGCGAACGGUCGUCCGAGAAACAGACACGCAAGAACGACUGGAGAGCGAUCUCCUCUCGUCGCUGUGGACGAGGGUGAUCGGCCCAAACGCCGCAAUGCUGCGCAAGUUCGAGAAGAACAAGCAGCUCUUGUCGAGCGUCAGGUCGAGGACGGUCAACAACAAACAUCUCCUCAUGGAGCACCACACCAGAUUGCAGACGCUGAAGAUCAACCUCGAGACGUUGCGGAGGAAACUGGUGAGCCCGCUAGUCAGGCGGAACGACUCCGUCACGAUCGACAACGGGAGCGUCGUCGACCAGCAAAUCCGAGGGCUGGAGGGAACAUACGAAUACUUGCGAGGUGUCCGGGACAAGCAGAAGAGUAAGCUCAUGGAAAUGGUGUAUGGGGCAAAGGCCGGCAGACCACGGCUCGUCGGAGUGAGCGAGGAGGCGGGAGGGAUAGGAAUCGACGCAUGA